CGGGCAUUUCAAAUUUCUCAGAUACGAAACGUAUAGUGCGUGCGCUGGUUGUGUUUCACUGUUGAAGGCUAUGUCCCGCGAAAACACUUUGGUUGUUGCGCGAGUGCGUUAGAACUUUACAAAAAAGUGUGAAAAACGUUAUAGAAAAAUAAUUAUGAACGUAUACGUGUGCCCCAAGUUUUAUUUUACUAUUUGACUGGAUUUACCUACUCACAUUUUGAAGAAGGAUGUCAAACUUUCAACGAACGAGAAGCAAGGUUUGGUGGGGCGACGCCCCGCCGAAUAUCGGCAGCCCCGUCGCUCAAGCCGACUGGAACGGGAACAAUCGUCGAGACGAGCGCGACUGGGAACCCCAGCUGCCUCAUUGGAUAGCAAAUCAACCCGAGCAGAGGAACAACAGCGUCGAUAACAUCGUUCAGCAGAAUGUACAAAAUCAGUGGCCGCUCCGACACGGGAGUCCAGGCAGUCACAAAAGCCAGGACUCCGGCUUCUCUGAUUCGGACAGCUCACCGCCGGUAUCUCAGUACUACCCGUCACCUGAGUCAGACAAAAAUAAAUCUUCUAGUAGCAGUGACUCCAAUAACAAUGACAAUAUCACUGUUAAACAAGCUAUUGAUUUUCAAGUGACGAGAAACAAUAUAGAUGAAGUUGAUACUUCGAAAAUAUCUGUUAAUUCCAAUUGCGUCACUCCCGUGCCAAAGCCCCGCUUGCGUAGCAGCAGUGUUAUUCAAACACCUUAUGAUUUACAAAAGUAUUGUGAAGUGCAUCAAGAUGAGGAGCAUUUGGAAUUGCUUAAAGAGAAAGAUGAUGAAAUGAUGGAUGAAUCUUUUCAAUCUAAAUAUCAUUCCCCGAAGAAUAUAAACCAUGAAACUAGCAAUAACAAACUGUCCAAAAGUUUUAAAUCAGAUUUCAGUCCAAAAGGGACGAAUAAUAGUUCUAAUAUAUCUAGUUUAAAUAGCAUAAGUAUUACGGUAACCCCUCCAAACUCGAGUGCAAUACAAACAGAUGCCAAAGAUAUAUCGCCUAAGAAUACUAAUAUUUUAAGUCCAUCUAAGAAAUAUCCUGCUAAAAAGUCUUUCGUUUCCAGUGACGAAAGUGAUAGCACGAAAAUAAGUAAAGUUGCUAAAGUUAAAGACUUAGAAACGAGUAAACUUGUUUCGGACGAUAGCAUUGAAUACAUCAGAUUAUCAAAUGAUAAUGAAAUAGCAGUGAACAACCAACCACGAGUCCGAACUCCUAUAUCUAAUGUAUCGUACGUUCCAACGGAGCGAAUAUCAAAAACUAAAAUGCAAUACAAACGAAGUAUGUCUAAUGACGAAAAUAUCCCAGUAACCACAACACCGAAAUUUCAACGUAACCGGCUAAAUCAAUCUUUGAAUUUCGAGGCACAAAAAUUGGAUCAACAAAUAUUGGAUAUACACGAAGGAUAUCACUCACUUGGAUAUAUUGAUGAAGAUGAUUUGAAAAAAGAUGAUUCGGUCAAUUGUACAGAGGAAGUUCACAAACCCACCAAAGCUAUACUCGGUAAAAACAUAAUGGAUAGUCUUCACUUAAAACCUUCUAAAAAGGUAGGUCCUAAAGCUAAGCAGCGAAUUGCUACAAAAGACAAACCUAAAGACACUUUUAGACUAUUUGCAAAAAAAGAAAAAGCCUCCCCAGUCGUAAACAAAGCUGGAGGCAUUUUAGACGGUAGCCGUGUUCCAUCACUAGGACUGCCUAGAACAACCGAACAAGACUCGUGGGUGAUUGUUGGAUACCCGGCUGGUCAAGAAUUAUUGAUACCGAGCUACAACGAGAGGCUGGUGGAAUCAGAAAGUGACGCUAAUUUGAAAAACAAAGAUGCUCCUGAACGAAAUACUACAGACUAUAAAGUCACCAGGCUUACACCACCUCCACAGUUCCAAGAUAAAGAAAUAACUCCACGUAAUGCAGAUUCCGGAAAGGAUAAUCUUACCCACGAUACAAAGAGGGAAAAAUUAAAAGAUGAUGAUAUGAAUUUCAUGGACGUACAGUUAGAUUUAGGUUGUAUGUCUACACCAAAAAUGCUUGCUCCUCAUGAGUUUAUGAAAGACAAACAAACUACCAGCAAGAAAACAGUACGAAGAGUAAAUCUCUUAGAAAACUUUAAUAGCGGAUUAGUUUUGAAUCACCGAGACGAAAUACUAUACAGGGAAAGAAGUAUAGAUCAUACAACAUUAGAGCGCUUAUGCGAAAGAAAACCCGAACCAGUGCAAUAUUGGCUGUGCAAUUUGGUCGGCUCGUGUGAGAAUGAAUGUAUGACUACUUUCCAAAGCAAGCCACUUGGUACCGAAAUGAAAGCUAUGGUAUCAGCCAGCUCAGCUACCAUAACUGGAAAUAUUAAGAAGGUACAGACACACGGCCAAAUUAUAGUGCAUCAGUACAGCGAUGUGAUCAGACAAAUAGAAACAGAGAACGUUGGCGAAGAUCAAAUAUGUCUGCUAGUAGCGAACAUCAACGAAUUUGUACUAGCACACAGCAUCACUUUAAACACAAAACCACCGGGAGAAACACCAGAGAGGUGGGACAAGAUCAAAAUAUCCCUACAGAUGUAUCUCCAGAAACUCAUUGACAUCGGCGAAGACGUCAAACUAGAAAUGAACGAGAGCAAACCCGAGUGGUAUUUGGUACAGAGACAUUUGGACACCUUGAUUGAAAUCUUCCUUGAGACAACGAAGGCUGUUCUUGUUCAACAGAUGAAGACUCUGGUCUCAAUAAUCGAGGAGCCGCCUUCGGAUAUGAUUCUCAAGAGUACACUGACUUCUAUCGGCCAUCUAGCGAUGUUGAGCGAAGACACGGGAAGUUCCCUUCAUGACAAAUGUGCCAAGAUCAUCAAGAGCAUAACAGAACUGCCAUUCGUUGAAUGCGGCGUUCCCCGCGCCUUACUAACAGCAAUUAUUGAAACAAAGAAGAGUUCUAUAAAAGCUUUGUCUUUGAGGGCGUUGGCUACUGUCUGCGUCACCGGGGAGGCAGUCAAACAAUUUGAAGAGGGAGGCGGUAUAGAAAUCCUCUCUGACAUCCUGUCGGACCGGUCGAACCCCGAGCCUCAGAUGAGAGAAGCCAUCACGGUGCUGACUCAGAUCACAGCACCCUGGCUGCGCGGACACUGCGACCUCACACAGCUGCACCUCUACCUCAACACCAUCGUCGAACAUGUUACAGGAAUAUUAUCCCGGACUGAAUGCUGUCAGCUCCUCCUACUAUGUACUGCCUGCUUGGUGAACUUAGUUCGUGAACUGGAGUUGGAAAGAAAAGAUAACGAGAGGAAAUCGGAAAUCGUCGAGUUGAUUACACAACACCGUACUAUAGACAAGUUACUAGAAGCCGUCAAGAGAAGAGGGCCAAAUAUAUCAGUCUUUUUACAAGAACAGACAGCAUGCCUGCUGAUGACACUGUCUCGCGCACCACGCGGUGUGCUAACUCUGAGCAGCGUGUGCGCAGCAAGCGUGGCGCUCGUGUGCUUCACGCGCGCCGCCGCGCCGCACGCUCCGCAUGCGCCGCCCCGCCCCGCCGAGCUGCGCGCGCAUUCUAGAUUACACUGCUACGCCGCUGAAGCUAUCUCUAGACUGGCAGUAGUACCGGACGUGGCACACCAGAUCGUCCAAUUAGAGGGCGUUCCUCAUCUUAUCCGACUGGUUAGGAUGCAGAGAAAACGCCCGCAAGCCGACGACAAUCCGGACCAAACAUUAAUCCACGCGCUAAAGGCCCUGCGCACUAUAUACAGGCAUCAUCCUGAAGCGUUUACAGAUCCAAAGGACGUAAAUGACAUGAUCAGACCGCAUCUGAUGGAAUCACUAAUGUUGUUUUCGGCAAAGCAGGAAAGUUACGUCUAGUAGCUGUAGGAAUGCACAGUUCUCAUGCAUGAUUCAGAAGAUAACAUUUAAAGUUUUACUAUAUUUUACUAAAUGUCUCUUGUUUCAGUUUAUUCAUUAAACUGAUGUCUAGAAAUUAGACUUUUUAUAGAAAACUUUGGAUGAACUGAUUUUCUUUAUUCUAUAUAGUGUAAACUACCUACUUGUGUAAAUUGAAGUGACUCAAUACUAUUUGAAUUUCUUGUUACCUACUCUUAUUAUAUUGACAAAUAAAAUAUAUUUAUGCUAAACAAGUGUCAUACAUUCCACUUGCUCUACGAUUAAGUAAAUCUUAGUAUACACUUUUGUGAAAAUGUGUAAAUAUGCUAAGCUUAGGCUCUAUUUAUUUAAGUAAACUAGAUGCCAUACUUGAUAUAUUUUUAGUCUUUAGAGGAAUCGUUUGCUAUAAUAUGGGAGAUCGCAGACGGCACACUUUUUGUGUGAUCUAGUCUGCGGCGCAC